GUUUUCCUCCAAGUAUGGACAAGAGCCAUCUAUCGACAUCUAAUGACAUCAUAAUGACGAGCUCAACAGGCUCCUAUCAGCAGGAACCGCUAACUCCACCCAGACCCACCCAUCUCCACUCCUCAUCCUCAUCCUUAUCCUCUCCUUCUCCGUCCUCUUCCUCCUCACCCCUCAAGCCCAACCAGGUCGGCCAGGUCAUCCUGUACGGCGUUCCAAUUGUAUCACUGGUCAUUGAUAAUAUCGAGAGACUUUGCCUAGCGCAGAUUUCCAACACACUCCUCAAAAACUACAGUUAUAAUGAGAUCCAUAAUCGUCGUGUGGCGCUGGGCAUCACCUGUGUCCAGUGCACUCCAGUUCAGUUGGAGAUUCUUCGUCGGGCUGGUGCCAUGCCCAUCUCAUCCCGCCGCUGUGGCAUGAUCACUAAGCGUGAAGCUGAGCGCCUCUGCAAGUCCUUCCUGGGAGAGAACGCACCUCCGAAACUGCCCGACAACUUUGCCUUCGAUGUGUCACACGAGUGCGCCUGGGGUUGCCGUGGUAACUUCAUCCCAGCACGCUACAACAGCUCCAGGGCCAAAUGCAUCAAGUGCUCCUUUUGCAACAUGUACUUCUCCCCAAAUAAGUUCAUUUUCCAUUCCCACCGAACACCUGACGCCAAGUACACCCAGCCCGAUGCUGCCAACUUUAACUCCUGGCGACGACACCUCAAACUCAGUGACAAACACCCACCUGAUGAGUUAAUUUAUGCAUGGGAAGACGUCAAAGCUAUGUUCAACGGAGGGAGCCGGAAGCGAGCGCUGCCCUCUUCAGCCCAGUGUCCCUCCAUGGGUCCUAUGAAGAAUCUCCCAGGUUCGGUGGUGCCUCACAUGAUGGGACCUGACCUGGGUGGUCAGAAAAGAGCUCGCUAUGAAGACGAGGAUGAUCUUGAUGGAGGCAGCCUGUCACCCCGCAAAACACCACGUAGCUACCCUGUCAUCCCUGUCCCAAGUAAAGGCUUUGGAAUGCUGCAGAAGUUUCCUCCCACGUCGCUCUUCCCCUCACCUUACCCCUUCCCUGCAUUCGGGCUCUGCCAGCAGAAAAAAGACGAUAGUGAUGUUUCCGGUGGGCAGAAAGGAGCAGGGCUGUCAGGUCUUUUAUGGCCUGGCCGCAAAGACACUUUUUAUCCUCCUUUCUGCAUGUUUUGGCCACCAAGAGCAGCAGGAGGAAUUCCUGUGCCCACCUACCUCCAGCCUCAGCCCAGCGCCCUCUCCUCCCUGGCAGACAACCCUUCUCUCAGGCAGGCCUUUCUGGAUCUCUCAGACCCCAGCGAACCUGGAGCUGUAGCUGGCAAUGGUAAUAGUGUCAGCGUAACCAUGGCCCCCGGCAGUGGGACGACCACAACCAGAACCGGGCUGUUUGACCCAGAGUGCACAACAGUAACCCCAGACCUUCGCCCUGUGACGUCAGAGGGCUGGCUCAAACUCCUGGACACCUCAACCCUCCAAAACAGGAAGCCGAGCUAUGGCUCAGCCUUCCGCCCUGUCAUUAAGGAUGCUGAGAGCCUCGCCAAGCUCCACAGCAAUGGUGGAGGAGUCACUGGGGCAACAGACGAGGAGUUUGGGGUUGCCGGGUCAGAUCGCCACCAGCGGCUAUCGCCCAGCAGCAGCUGUAGUUAUGGAAGUGAAAGUGGAGGCGACGGAGAGGCGGAGGGAGCGGAGAGUGAGGAGGAGGGGGAGGUGGAUGUGGAGUCGUCGAAGCAGGAAGACGAAGAAGAGGAUGGGAGCUUCACUAACAGGCCGCUACAGACUCAGACCAACCUGUACCUCCCUGCACUGAGCGACACAUCUGGAGAGGAGCGGGGUAAGGAGAGAGGGAGUGGAACAGGAUAUCCCAGAACCUCCUCUCCCUCCUCCUCGGACCCCAUCCAGCAGGAGUCCCCCAGCCUGCCUGCCUCCCCUCACGCCAGCCUGCCUCUCUCUAUAUCCACCACGCCUCACCGAGACCCAGCUUACAAAAACGUUCACAAAAAUAGAGACGAAGGACUACCUGCAUACGCAACCAAAGACAACGCCAGCAUUUCUGAUGAAAACAAAGAGCAGAAUAGUUUCUUUGUACCAGAGAGUGAGACGUCAGCGCCCGACUACUGGAGGGAAAGCUCAGGUGAUCAAAGCCAAGGUGCUGCCUCUCCUGUGCCCCUAAAGAAGGAUGUUGAGAACAUGGAGAAAGAGGAGCUCCAGAAGGUUCUGCUAGAGCAGAUCGACUUCAGGAGGAGGCUGGAGCAGGAGUUUCAUGCUCUGAAGGGCACCUCGCCAUUUCCUGUCUUCCAUAAUUUCCAAGACCAGAUGAAACGAGAGCUCGCCUACAGAGAAGAGAUGGUCCAACAGUUACAGAUGAUUCCCUACGCAAACAUCAUCAGAAAAGAAAAAAUCAGCUCCCAUCUCAACAAGUAGCGAAAAGGCCGAGAAAAUCCCAUCCCUAGAGGAAGAAUAUGCCUGGAUUUCUGUGAAUGCCCCAAGAAUGAUUGAAAAAAAAACAGUCACAAUAGCUUCAUAACUUUUCCUGGGACAGCAAUUCUUUCUCGUACUUAAACACUGUCUGGUAAGAACACAUUUGGACCAACUGCUCUGCCGUCUGGUAGCCUGCUGGUAAAAGUGUCAUCCCUGUUUCCUUUUCCCUGGGUCCAGUUUAUUUUCCAAACUGACUGAACUGGAAUUGGGGAACAAACUGGACGACAUCAGGGUAUACAGAAGGACUCCAGCUCUCUUCUCAUUGCUGCGCUGGCAGUCAGACUCAAAGCUUUAUCCAACAAGACCAAAGUAGCAGCAACCUUUCUUGUCUUUUGUGAAUUUUAGGACUGCUGAAGACCACCAGGAAGGCAGUUAUAGACUUUGUCAGAAAACUCAGAACUUUUCCGAGCUCUUAAAAGAUGAAGAGAUUAAGAGAAGAGAGUCAUAUAUACAGAAAGACUGGGUGUUAUUGUCCAUCACUCGGACUGCUGCUGGCCCAACUGUACAUACACCAAACUGUGGAUGAGAACAGACUUCACAUUAAGAUUGUUGCUGUUACUGUUGUUGCUAAAGAGAAACAAACAUACCAACCUUUAUUUAUUGGCAACAUUCUCCUCAUCAUGUCCAGUUGUGUUUAUUGACCAAAACAAACUUCCCUGUGUACACAGAUUGUGAACACGAGGUCAGAUGUUGGCGGUGACUUGAUGCACCCAUGUUUGGUCCCUAACUUGAAUAUGCCAGAUGAAGAACAAAAAACAAUGGAGAAAAUUAAGGAAGUAUUGGUGGUUUGGGUUUUAAACCUAAUCAUGCAAUUAGAGCAGUAUUUAUACAGGGUGGUAUCACACUUUAUGGAAACUGCACAGUUUGUACCUGUAAUAUUUGCGAGAGAUUUCUGAAUGUUCAAAAGAAAAACACAGUGUUAUGUUCAAUGCAGACGUUGGUGCAUCUGAUCAAAUCUUUUUCACCUUUUAUUUAUAGAGGAAAAGGCACCUGAAAACACCAUCCUGUGUCACACCUACAGUAUAUCAUUAAGAAACUAUUUCUGCUGUUAAUUUCUGAGCAUAUAUUGAGCAGCUGAAGAACGCUUUGCUGAAAGGCACCCUGAAGGUACUUUUUACCUUUCACCCAAAAUUCACCUGAUUCCACCCAGAGUUGAAGGUAGUAUUACCACCAUCAGCUAAACAUGUUUGGGGUGUCAUCAGAUGGUGAAUACAAAUUUAAAGGCCAAUUCCAUCUACUUGUUUGUUCUCCUAAUGAGAGUCUGGGCUACGAGGAGCAAAAGACUGAUGAUUGCCAGUGUUGUAUAUCUACCUGUAAAUGAUUUCACCUGACUGUAUAAAAUGUCACACGUGAGAAAACCUGUCAGUCUAUCUAUACGUGUUUGUUUAUUUAUUUAUUUAUUUAUUUGAAUAUCAGGGCCUAAGAACCUGAUUGUGAAAGUAUUAUUUAUCAUAAUGUUAAAAGAAAAAGAACGAGACAUGAUGAUGAUGAUGAUGAUGAUGAUGAUGAUGAUGAUGAUGGUACAGUCAAGUGUAUCACACUCGCCCACCUUGUUUAUAGAAUGAAAUGAAUGAAUGGACACAGUUGUCAUUUACUGAGAGAAAUGUUAUCAUUAUAAACCAUUAAUGCAGAUGUAUUUAAAUAUGUUCUUGUAGUUUCUCUACUAUUUAUGUGUAAAUUAAAA